GAGGGGAGGAAGAGUUCCUGAUGCUGUGGGAAUGCGAGCUGUGCUCUGUAAACAGCUGGUGACUCACUGCAUAACUAUGGCACCAAGUGCCUGCGCGGCGUGCAGGGAGGGGGCUGCCGGCCGCUUCCUUUACGCACUGGCAGCGCUCGGCUCCCCUCGGCCGUCCGAGCUUUUCCUUCCUCCUCCGUGCCUGCCUGGACAUGGGGGUGGGCGGCGGAGGGGAAGGGAUGAGGAGGAGGAGGACGGGCGGAGGGCAGCGCUGAGGUGUGAAGGCAAAGCCUGGUGCAGUUGCAAUUUCUGAGCGGUUUUGUCCAGAAGACUGUGCUCAGGUUAUGACGACUAAUCCCAAACCGAACAAGGCAUUAAAGGUAAAGGAGGAGUCGGGAGAGAAUGCCCCAGUGCUGAGCGAUGAUGAACUCGUGUCAAUGUCCGUACGGGAGCUGAACCAGCACCUGCGGGGUCUCACCAAAGAGGAGGUCAUCCGUCUGAAGCAGCGGAGGCGCACGCUGAAGAACCGGGGCUACGCCGCCAGCUGCCGCAUCAAGCGCGUGACUCAGAAAGAGGAGCUGGAGAGGCAGCGGGUUGAGCUGCAGCAAGAGGUGGAGAAGCUGGCCAGAGAAAACAGCAGCAUGAAGCUAGAGCUGGACGCCUUGCGCUCCAAGUACGAAGCACUCCAGACCUUUGCUCGUACUGUGGCGCGAGGGCCUAUCACCCCGACCAAAGUUGCCACCACCAGUGUCAUCACCAUCGUGAAAUCAGCUGAAAUCUCAUCCAGUUCCGUGCCGUUCUCAGCAGCGUCCUAGUGCCCUCGGUGGGGGAACUAGCGGCCUUUCAGAGGGGGGGGAGGAGGCUCUUAUGCAUUGUUCCGGAGUUCUUGGUCACGUCAAGAAUUGGCAUCUUAACAACUCUCUUCCAAAAGUGCAAAAAAAAAAAAAAAAUUGAAAGAAAAAAAAAAUUAAAUAAAUAAAGUAAGUAAGGAAGAAAAUAGAAAAGAAAAAAUACCUACAAAGGGAACUUAACUGGCUGCUUCUCUCUGGACUCGGUGGCUCCAUCAACCCCUCGUGUCCAGGAUUUGAGCUCUGUCUGCAGUACAAGUUGCAAGAUCUACUUCCUUGUCCCUGCCUCCUUGAGCCCCUCGCAGCCGUGAGCAGCGUUCCAGCUGGGAGAAGAUACCUGAGGAGCCUCCAGAGCCUUCGUGAAUGAUGCUCAAGAGCCAGGAAACAGAUGGACCGUAGAAAUCAUCGUGUGAGAUGAAUGUAUGGAAAAGAGUUUCCUUUAGUGGCAUCCUACUCCUUGUCAGAAGGGUCUCCCCUUUCCUCCCCACUUCCAUCUGCUGUUCCGAGGGCAGGGAAACAGGCAUUUUGGUUUGAAUCUCAUCCUGCUGCGAGUGGAUGGGAGGGGGAGGAUGACGGAGAUUAACGCUUGGGUCUGACCACACCCACUAGGAAUAACCUUUUGUUUUCAAUCCAUGCUGUUAAAAUAUGGAAAAAUAUAUAUUUUACAUAUUUUAAUACGCCUCACGACCUGUGUGGCCUGUGAAAAACUA